AGCCGUACGAGGCAGCCUGCUAGUUACACUUUCCCCAAAUCCUAGCUUUGACUGUCAGAGGUGGGACAGACAGCCAAAGGGUGAAGCAAUACACUCCAGCAGCAAAUAUUGUCCUGCGCGUUUACUGUCUCUGGUUAAUCUCUCCUACACUGGCGAUCAGGAAGGAUAUUUAGGCUGUGUGUUGGGUAAAUAAAUACCAGAGCGCACACUGUGACGUCGCUAUCCAAAACCUCAUCGCGGCUCGCAAGAACAAGAGGAACAAGGAUCGCCUACUCCUCGGGACUGCGCUUUAUACUGAUUCCAACAGCUCGCUGGGACUAAUUAAAUCCUCCACAGAAUCACACGAAAUGUGGUCAGUACUAACUCAAGCUUGUCAUCCAAGAGGCUGAAUUCAUCUUGAGUGAAUCCAAAUGCAGUAGCCAGAGCGUGGGAUAGACUGGAGCGACCGGCAGAGAAGCGAAAUAUUUUUGUCUGUUAUAUUCCGUGUGAUCUGCCCUCUUUCAAAUUUUAGAGGCAAGCAAGAAGUAAGAUAACAUUGUAUUUUUUCCGCCUACACGCUGAUUUAUUGGACUGACUUUUGCAAGAGGUUACACUCUGAAGACCAACGUGUUUAUGGAUUGCUGCGCAGCGAGGAACACCGGGAGUUGUAGGCUACGCUCUUAUGCAUCGAUCAUGAUGAUACCUCGCUGUUGCUGUAAACUUUGAUAGAUGUUUACAGAAAGAACUCAGUAAUAAAGAAACACGAUUUUUUUUUUUUUAAAAAGAAGACGCUUAGAUUGACCUCUGGAGGAAGUGGGAAGCGCUUUUUCGCCCUCCCUCGGUUUUUCUUCCAAGUCGUCAGCACGGAUCUCUAUCACUCAGUCUGACUCUCCUUCUGUGAUUUUAACAAAGACCAAAGUGUUUGGGGAUAGCAUGGCAAUGGUAGUAAACCAGUGGUCAGAAAACAUUUCUGCAGAUCCGGGGUCUCAGCUCCAGAUUUGCGGCCAGGAGCCCGGCGGGGCACCGGGAACCCCCAACGGUUCCACCCCGGGGAACGACGCACUUUCCGGGGACAAGAUCCCCAACGUGGACUGCAUGGUGUGCGGGGACAAGUCCAGUGGGAAGCAUUACGGUCAGUUCACCUGCGAGGGAUGCAAAAGCUUCUUUAAGCGCUCGGUGAGGCGGAACCUCUCGUACACCUGCCGGGGGAACCGAGACUGUCCCAUAGACCAGCACCACCGGAACCAGUGUCAGUACUGCCGGCUGAAGAAGUGCCUCAAAGUCGGCAUGAGGAGAGAAGGUAAAGCCAGAGGUGUGAUCUCUGUGCAACGAGGACGUACAUCAAACUCACAGAGCAGCCCAGGACAGUACCUGACCAAUGGCACCGACCCAUACAACGGCCAGCCCUACCUGUCCGGCUUCAUUUCCCUGUUGCUGCGUGCCGAGCCCUACCCCACAUCUCGCUACGGGGCCCAGUGCAUGCAGGGAAACAACCUGAUGGGCAUUGAGAACAUCUGCGAGCUGGCGGCCAGGCUGCUCUUCAGUGCUGUUGAAUGGGCCAAGAACAUCCCUUUCUUCCCCGAUCUGCAGCUCAUGGAUCAGGUGGCACUGUUGCGCAUGUCAUGGAGUGAGCUCUUCGUCCUCAACGCCGCCCAGUGCUCCAUGCCGCUUCAUGUGGCCCCUCUGUUGGCAGCGGCAGGCCUGCACGCAUCGCCCAUGUCAGCAGAGCGCGUGGUGGCCUUCAUGGACCACAUCCGCGUCUUCCAAGAGCAGGUGGAGAAGCUGAAGGCCCUGCAGGUCGACACGGCUGAAUAUUCCUGCCUCAAGUCCAUCGUGCUCUUCACGUCCGAUGCUAUGGGGCUGUCAGACGUUGCCCACGUGGAGAGCAUCCAGGAGAAGUCCCAGUGCGCCCUGGAGGAGUAUGUAAGGAACCAGUAUCCCAGCCAGCCAAACCGCUUUGGACGUCUCCUCCUCCGUCUGCCCUCCCUGCGCAUCGUCUCCUCUCCAGUCAUCGAGCAGCUGUUUUUCGUUCGCCUGGUUGGCAAGACACCCAUCGAGACACUGCUUCGUGACAUGCUGCUCUCGGGCUCCAGCUACAACUGGCCCUACAUGCCCACCGUGCAGCGUGAGCGGCCCAUCUCCCUCCACUACAACGAGAACGGGCCCUGAGGUGGAGAGACAGACGAAGGAGAAGCUGCCGUGGAAAUUUAGGCUGAACGUCCAUCUGACUACUUAUCCGUCCAUCCUUCCUUUCCUUUCAUUCUCUGCGUUCAACUUCUCAGCUUUUCCAGAGGAAGCAUCGCCCUCACCAUACCGCUCAAAAACCCAGACUGACGAUAUCAUCCGAUACCGUCCCGGUUACACAAGCCAGCAAAUCAUUCGCCAUGGCCAUUGUAGAGACUUGGUGGCCCGUUGCAGCCCCUCAGCCGAUGGUGCAGUCUACUUUUUGAGAUGUGGCAUGAGAUGGACAGGUUGGUAGAGCGGGUUAUUGCGCAGUUCACCAGCAGGUCUGCUGGACUCACUUCAGAUGUCAGUCUCAAACCCCAUGAAAACAGUGGCAACAAAAGACAAAACAUUUGCUUUAUUGUUGGUGCUAUGUCUACAUUUACAGAGGCUGUGUACAAGCAUCCCAGUAUGGUGAAUACUGAGCAAGGGCUUUGCCAAUGGGACUCUACAAACAAGAGCACAAGGCCUGCUGUAUAUUUUUGAAAAGAAAGCCAGAAGCCAUUAAAAAAAGACAAAUGCCAAAAUGUCUUGGACUUUUGCAGAGGACAUGUUUUAAUGUGUGUGUUUGUAUUGGCACUGUUUAUAUGGAGAGAAAACUCAUGAUUGUGUCCAUAUGUACAGUAUAUCGUUGAUUCACAGGCAUCUAUAGCAUACUGGGGUUCAAUGGGAAAAGCUCAGGUUCAAAGGGUGGGUAGACAGACAGACAUACAUGCCAAUAUCAGUACAAGAGCAAAAAUACAAACCCAGCAAAAUUUACACUUAUCAGCAUCAUGUGCCAAAGCUGAAAAAUGCAUAUUGUUUGGAUAUUUUUGUGGUAGUGUUGGUGAUGAAAAUGUAAUGUUUGGUUUGUCUAUAAUUUGACUAUAAACUUGAUUUUGGGUCUCAGGGGGAGAGAAGGAGUUUGUAAAAAAAAAAUAAAAGCUUAGGCACUUGCAUUGUAAACUAGUCAGAACCUAUACUUAUUCACUCCUGUAAAAUCACAGCACUGGUAGAUUCUUGCUACCCUUAUGCCAUUUGAUCGAUCUACCUUUUUACUUAUUCAAAAGGCCCAUUAAACUCUUUUAUCACAGGAGUGACACAACUCAUCCUUAUUAUUGUUUUAUAGUCAUGAUUGUCAAUAUUGGACCUUUUGAACUGGGGUGGGGGUGGGGUGGGAGCAUUUUACAAAACUAGCUGUACUUGCCUUAGAACAAAGAUUUUGUCACUGAGCAUUUAUGACUUAUGACUGUGCCAUAAUCUCUUGUUACCUGUUAUAACAGGUAUUAUGUCCUGUCAGGAGAGGAAAUGAACUCACAUGAUGUAAAAAUGAUUGAUGUGUACAUAAAGUCAUAGAAAAGUGUUGGAAAAUACGGAGAUUUUUAAUUCAUCAACAGACAAUGUCAAGGAAAACUUGUGAGAACAGAUAUUUCUGCUUUAACAUCAUCAGCACUUUCAUUUUUUUAGACUUCAUGCGAGUUCAUUUCCACUUCCUGAUGAUAUUGUCAUGUAGGGAAAACCCCCUCGACUCAUGUCAUUUGAGCUUAUCGUACCGAUACCGUAGAGAAAAGUAUCACUAACCUCUGAAAACCUCAGUCUAUGUUACAAUAUUAUCCCAGUUGGACUUAUGACUGUGACUUAGCUUAGGACUAUUUUAAGUUGUUGUUUGUUUUUUUCUUCCUCUUGGUGGAAGCAAGUUUGUUUUGACAACCUGUCUCACAUUUCCAACAUGGCACUGUGGUAUCAACAUCAAGUAUUGGUAUUGGAAAAGCCAUCUGGGACCUUAGAAAGCUGUCUGUUGAUAAAUUAAUUCACAGAAAGUUUCUAUGAGUUUAUUUUUAUCCUCUCUACUUUUGUUUGGAAAUAUGGAUUAUCCAUUAAUUGAAAUAAAAUUCUGUUGUUCACAAAA